GCCAGCAGGCAUACAGUUUUACUUUGCGAUGCUAAGACGCGUGCGAUAAGACCUAUUAUCUGUAAAUAAUAUAAUUAAGUGCAAAAUAGUAUUGUAAAUAAUUCUAGCGCGCGCGGAACGUUUGAAUCAAUGCUGCAUUUAAAUUAGGAACUAUUUGUUUUUCUGGCUGUUCGUUUUUGUUUUGUGCCUGGACUAUAAUAUUUUUAUGGGACAAUGUGGGCCUGUGACCAAGGUCUUUCGUCAACGAUAGUGAACAGUUACCAAGCUGUCCCAGUGUUUGCGAAUGUCCUGCAGAGUUUCCUAGCGGCCCAGUGCGCGCUGGUAGGAGACCAUUUAUGGCCAGAAGAUGCUACCGAAAAAGUUAUGAAAGAUCCUUACUAUGAUUUCAUCGUUGUUGGAGCCGGUUCAGCGGGAGCCGUGGUGGCUAACCGCCUGAGCGAGGUGCCUCAUUGGAAGGUUCUGCUGGUAGAAGCUGGAGGCAACCCUACCAUAGCAACAGAGAUACCUCAACUAUUUCUAGGCAACAUGAAUACAACAGAAGACUGGGGUUAUACUACUCAGCCUCAGGCUGGUGCAUGUCGCAGUUAUAAGAACAAGGGAUGUGCCUGGCCUAGAGGGAAAACUCUUGGCGGAAGCAGCAGUAUCAACGCUAUGUAUUAUGUCAGAGGAAAUAAGCAAGAUUAUGAGGAAUGGGCAGCAAACGGCAACAGAGGUUGGAGUUACAAUGAUGUGCUUCCGUAUUUCAAAAAAAGCGAAAACUUUUCUAAGUUUUCCCUGGAUGACGAUGCAGCUAACUACCAUGGCAUAGGCGGAUAUUUAAGUGUCGAAAACACAGAACGAGCUGACGAUUUCGAGAAAAUAAUAAUCGAAGCGAAUAAAGAGUUGGGAACCAAAAUACUACAGGAUAUAAACGGGAGAAAUCAGAUGGGUGUAACACAAGCUCAAAGUACCACAAAAGAUGGCAUAAGACAUAGCACAGCUAGAGCUUUCUUGAAUCCUGUCAAAGAUAGACCUAAUUUACAUGUCAUGAAAAACGCAUACGUGACUAAAAUUUUAUUUAAAGAUGCAAGCAAUUCAAUUGAAGCUGAUGGAGUACUAGUUAGUCAAAAUGGAUUAGAGAUCAAUGUUAAAUCUAGAAAAGAAGUAAUUAUAUCAGCAGGAGCAAUAAAUACACCAAAACUUUUGUUACUCUCAGGGAUAGGACCAAAAAAACAAUUAGAAAAUCUAGGUUUAGAAGUAAAUGCUAAUCUUCCAGUUGGAGAAAAUUUACAAGAUCAUGCUUUCGUUCCAAUUUAUUAUACCUUGAAAGGAGACAAACAAUUAACUUCUCUACCAAAUAUUGUGAAUGCUUUUGCUGAGUACAUUCUAAAUAGAAAAGGUCCAUUUUCUGCAUUAAAUCCGAAUACGGUACUAAGUUUCAUCAACACAACAGAUUCUGCAUCAAGUAGCCCAGAUAUUCAACAUCAUUACUUUUUUGCCGGGCCUAGUCAGUCAAAUGUAAUGGAUGCUUACAAGAAACAUGGUGUAUCUGAGGAAUUCAAUGAGAAAGUAAACAAAGUAAAUGAAAAUAAUUUUAUCCUAGCCGUAUGUACAGUUCUGCUUAAACCAAAAUCUAAAGGUCGUAUCGUACUUAACAGUAAUGAUCCUUAUGAUUCCCCCUUAAUAUACGCUAACUAUUUUGAUGACCCAGAAGAUUUGGAAACCAUUAUAAAUGGAAUUAAAUAUGUGCUGAAAUUUGCUGAUACUAAAAUAUUCAAAGAUGUAGGUUUUAAACUGCAUUGGGUAGAUCUUGAAGCUUGUCAGCAAUACGAUAAACAAAGUGAUACUUUUUUAGAAUGUAUGGCUAGAGAGACCACAUUCUCUCUGUAUCAUCCAGUAGGCACAGCUAAGAUGGGCCCACAUGGUGAUGAUACUGCCGUGGUAGAUCCUGACCUUAAGGUUAAAGGUGUAGAAAGACUUAGAGUAAUUGAUGCUAGUGUGAUGCCCAGUAUUGUUAGGGGUAAUACAAACGCGCCAGUAAUCAUGAUAGGUGAAAAGGGCGCAGAUUUAAUUAAAAAAGACUGGUUAGAAAAUGAUAGAGAUACUUCAUCAGAUAGUUCACUAAAUUCGGACAAAUGUCAGAAUGUAUCGCUGCUAAGUUAUUUUUCGGGAUGGUGAAUUUUAUUGUAUUUGUAUUACCCACCGGCCUUUACGCGAGCAUCAGGGGUUUCCGUGGAAAUUUCAAGUCAACGCGUAGUCUGUAAGUGUUUUACAAAUAUUUAAGUAAUUAUUUUAUUUAUUGGAUUCAUCAACAAAGAUAUUAGCUACCUAUGCUAAAUUUAAUUACAACAGCCUAGUGAUUUAUUUGUAUACUUACAUGUAGUAUGACUAUAAGUAUUUAUUUAUACAAUGAGUAUGAAUGUGCCAUUUUAACUUACUUCUGACUUGUGAAGUGAAUAACUUUAAUAGAUACUUACUGUGCACGAGUGAAAAGAUAAAUGUAACCAUAGGUGUGCCAUAAGGUUUAUUUACAUCUCACUGUUUUACCACGUAGGUAUAUGAAUGUAAUUUUUCAGAUCAUAGAGAUGAAACUACGACAAGACUACAACUCAGUUUGUUUUUGUUGCAUGUAUUAACCUCCUUAGUUCCCUGCCCGUUGAUGAUGACGUCAAAGGU